GGGCUGGUCCGUGACCAAACGGGACACCACCAAUGGGGUGGCUACGCACAGCGGUUGCUGGACCCUCAGGAAGGGCUCUGGAAGCAGCCAGGAAAUGGAGGGCAUGAUGACAAGGCUCACCCACCUAUUCACCCGACCAAGUUCUCUGCCGGGGAACCCAACUGGUCACCCAGUCAUCUGCGUCUCUAUGAGCUUGUAACAAGGCAUUUCCUGGCAUGUGUUUCUCAGCCAGCUCUUGGGUAUGAAACGACGGCAACAAUUGACAUUUCAGGAGAGAAAUUCCGUGCACGGGGAUUGAUGAUCACAGCUGUAAGAUUUCAGAAACUCCACGCCACAUGUUACCAAUACAAAUACAAUGCAUACUCGAAUUGGUGUCUAUUCAAGAUUCAUUGCCAACUGCAGUGAUGGCAAUGCGUGCAGAGCUUCUUCUGUACUCCCUGCAGAACUGUUUUUCGACUCAGACAGUGCUUUCUUUGAUUCUAGAAUGACCUCUUGUCCUCUAUGACAGCCCCGCUCUGAGUACCCCACCAAACAAAAGAAAGUUUGUUCG